CUGACUUCAUUUUGAAAACUGGGAGCUUCCGGUUUGGGGGGGAAAAGCGGUGUUUUUAGCUUUUUAUUUUGAUAGUUUUCCCAGAUCCAUUUUUUUUUUGGAUAGGAAAGUCUAUUUCGCAGGAACAAGCAGGGUUGCUUAUUUUUGGAAUAAGAUGGCAUCUUCAUCAGUUGCUAAUCGCUACAGAAGGGAUGCAAGCACAGAAAUGAUAAGAACCAAAGUUGCUCGCCGGAAAUCAAUUACAUGGAAGGAAAACAGAUAUAAGAAAUAUGAACAGAAUAGACAUUUUGGCUUAAUAGAUGUCAAUACCACAAACUUAGAAGAGAGAAAUCUUCCUUCACUAGAUGAGACCGCUGAAAACAUUCUGGAAAAGGACACUGUCAAGCCAAAGUUAACUAUUAGUAGUAUACGCCAGAUGCUGAGUAAUCAACGAAAGGAGAUGCUUCAGCAGUAUAAGGAGAAAAAGCUGCUUCAGAAAAUGAAAGAGCAGCGAGAGAGAGCCGGAGGAGGAGUAUUUAAAGUAGGACUUUACAGACCUGACCCACCACAGUUUCUUAGACCUCCUCCAGGACAGAAAACAGUGAAACCUGAACCAAAGAAGGCUAUUCAGACCUCUUCACGGAUCACAAGGUCAAAGGCCAAGGACCAAAUGGAGCAGCCAAAGAUCUAUGUUGACCAGGUCAAUAAUGGGCACAAAAUGGAAGCAGUUCAACUUGGCCAGAAGCCAACUUCUGAACACCAUUCUAGCAAAGAAAGGAAAGCUCUACAACCUGAUAUGAGAGUGACUAGAUCAGCAGCAAAGCAGAUCCCUAAACUACCUUCAUCUCUUCCAGUGAGAAGGCCAGUGCCAAAACUUGUCAAAGAAAACCAACCAGAAAGAAAAACAUCAACUGAAGAAAAACCUCCAAAGAUUGAACUUAAAGUGAACAAAGUAAAGGACCUUCCUUCCAAAGUUGGUGGGGAAGAAAAUUCUUUGAAGGACUCACUUCCUGAAGGACCUUCUCAUAACUCUGGAAAAUCACCAACAGAAGAAAUUGCUGAAUUUCUUGGAAAAGAAUACUUACCUGAGACAAAUGGUGCUUCCCAAGUGCUUCCCAAGUCCUUUGCACCUGAAAACUUUGUGUUUCAACCACUAGAUAGUCUAGUGAACUACAGAAUGAAACCCAUUUCCCCACAAAAGGAACAUACUUAUGUGGCACCUGGUUGUUUCUGGAGUCCUUUUCAAAUUAAAGAUGAUAACUCUCAGGAAUCUAAAAGAGAAACUUUGAAAGAAAAUAAAACUCACUGCAAUGAGCCAGCUCAGCAGGAUUUGAUUGAUUUGCAAAGUCCUCCAAGAUCCCAGGAAAUUCCAGAUACAGAUCAUCUUUCAAAUAAAAACGAAGACAGAAAAACAAAUUCAGAUAACCUUCCAAAAAACACACAUGUCCCUUUGCUUGAAGUAAAUGAACAUGAAGCCACAGCACCACAACGUGAUGUGCCAUAUUUCAGAAAUAUUCUUCAGUCAGAAACUGAGAGAUUAACAGGAUUCUGCCAUGAAUGGGAAAAGAAACUGACACUGGAUAUUCCUGAUGAUGCCAAAGAUCUCAUUCGAACAACAGUUGGUCAGACAAGACUCCUUAUAAGUGAAAGGUUCAAACAGUUUGAGGGAUUGGUGAAUGAUUGUGAGUAUAAUUGUGGCCAAAAGAAGAUUACCUGCAUGGAUCUGGAUGGAUUUUGGGAUAUGGUUAAUUUUCAAGUAGAAGAUGUGAACAAAAAAUUUGAAAAACUGAGUAAACUUCAGGAAUCAGGAUGGCAAGAAAAAAAUACCUUAAGCCAAAAAGUUAUUCGGAAGAAAACUGUCCCAGUUGAAAAAUGCAGUUCAAAACAGGAUGAUGCUGCAAGAACUGCAGCUCGAAAUCGCCUGGCUGCUCUAAAAGCUUCAAUGAGAGAGAAACUGAAGCAAGAAGAACCGACAUUUGAGAUAGUGGCUCCUGUAGUCUCAAAAGCAAAGGAAAUUGACAAGAUCGUUUUUGAUGCAGGGUUUUUCAGAAUCGAAAGCCCAGUUAAGUCGUUCUCAGCCAUCAGUGCAUCUAAAGAGACUGCACGCGGCAAAUCAGAUGAUCCAAUUGAACACAAAACACCUGGGAAUAAGAAAUGAAAUCUACUUGAAGGAAACUGGAACCACUUAUGUUCCCCCCUCCCACUAUAUCAUUAGUGUAAAAAAAGCUACAAUAAACCCUGACUAAACACUGUCAAAGCCAUUAAUGAAUAUUUUGUAAGCCUGUUUUCAGAGGAUUACAAAUUGGCUUUGAAAACCUUUGUGUUAGGUUGACACUUUGCAGCCUGGUAAUAUCAUUUAAGUACAUUUCCAGAGAGAUUUCAUUGAUCAUUGAUGUUGGAUCUUUAUUAUUUUUGUUAUUGUUGUGCUGUAUUUCUUUUUUAUGUUAGAGUGAUUGUAUAUGGUAAGAUAUUUACAAAAUACAGUAUUAAAGGGUAAGACUACUAUUCAUGCUUUGAAUCUGCUUUGUGCAUAUAUGUAUGUUUGAGAUCAAUUCAACAUUAGAUAUUUCUGCAGUUGGAAUAAAUAUAGCAAUAAUAAUAGCUUGCAUUUAUACAGCAUUGUAAGGUGUGCAAAGUGCUACAGCAUUGUUUUCUCAUUUGAUCCUCACCCUGUGGGAUGGAUGCUAUAAUUGUUCCCAUUUAAUAAGGAAAUCAAGUUUCUGAAAGAUUUGGUGACUUGUCCCAGAUCACAAAGCUAAUAAAUAACCAAGAUAAGGUCUGAAUUCAGGUCUUUCUUCCGCCAAGUCCAACACUAUCUAUUAGACCACCUGCUUCUAAAUAUAUCCUUAUACACAUUAAUAUAUAAAUUAAUUUGUGGAAAAAUUUUAUUUUCUUAUAGAGCGUGCUUUUGUUUAUCAGAAAAUUACUUGUUUCACAUAAUAGAAAGAAAGCUUCUCAGACUUUUUCAUUUUAGCAUGUACCUACAAGUGGCAAUGACCAUUUUUUACUUAAAGAACUCAGUCCUCAAAUCAAACAACAUUGUUAGAAUGAUUGGUUUAAUUCAGGAGAGCAAUUUGGAGCUAUGCCCCUUUGAUCCAGCAAUACCACCACUAGGUUUAUAUCCCAAAGACAUCCCCCAAAAGAGAAAAAAAACCAAUUUGUACCAA